UUGAUUUUAAGUCCCUCUUAUGUUCAAUAUCGGUACUAAGAUAUUUUAGAAAGUUUGUCAACAAUCAUGAAAAAACGUAUAAAAGAUAUUUCUGAUAGAAAACAGUCAGAUACUAUAGAUAAUGAAAAAAAACCAUUUAACAAAAAACAGUAUAGAUUAAAAAAAUAUAGUAACAAAUACAAAAUUAAUCAAUGGGAGGAACGCAGGAAGAAAGCUGUUUUACGAGGUUUUUACAAACAAAUUGAUAAAAACCAACAACAAAAUGUAAAAAAAUCAUUUGCUUUCAAAGUCAAUGAUCAAAAUGAGACACAACCAAAAAAUUUAAGUGCUUUUCACAAGGCUAAACAGGAAUUUCUACGUAAACAGGAUGAAAAAAAACAAAAAGAAGAAGCUUUACGAGUAAAAACAGAAAGGGAAGAAGCACUUAAAAAUUAUAAAGAAAGAAGGAUGCAAACAUAUAAAAAACUGUCAAAGAAAACAAAAAAAGGACAACCUGUAAUGAAAGAUAGAUUAGAAAUGUUAUUGGAGAAAAUACAGCAACAAGUAUCAAAAUAAUAAUAAUAAUAUUCUAAAAAGAUAUAAUGUUGUUUUUAAAAAUAUCUUAAAAUUAUUGUCAAUAAAUUUAAUUAUUUAAUAAACAUAUAUAUAUUUGUAUAUAUAAUGACAAAUAAAUUUUAUUGAAAUCUCUGUAAA